AUAUUUUAUGAACGUGUGCAUCUUACAAUCUGGACAAAACAAUUAAUUAAUCAAUUUCAGGGAAAUUUAAAAAUAUGUCCUGACUGAGUAUCAAACCUUGCAAACGACGAUGGCAUGCUGUGCGGCUGUUAUUGUUUUGUGACGUACACUAACAAAUUAUUGGAAAUUGAUCGUAUAUCGAAAAUAUGUUCAGCCUUGAAGUGAUAUACAGUAUAUAUAGUGUGAGAAAGCUAUGUAAACCUAUAAAAUCCCGGCAGUUGUAAGCGUGCAUACCAAAGUAGAUAAAUGAUUUACACCGGGAUUAUAGUCAAUAAACAAACUAGUUUACAGACAUUGAAGCAUAUCAAACUUGGGACCUGGCUUUAGGCUUGUGAAAAGUGUCCAUACCGUACUUAUGAUCCAGUUGAAUAAACAAUUCGCCUGGACUGUCGUUCUUGGUGUGACACUCAUCUGUUGUGAGGGAGUCUUGGCUGCUCUCAAGGAUUCAAAGCCUGUUGACAUUUCAAGAAAUUCAAAUUUUACCUCGGGUAAUGCAUCUAAAGAAAGUUUGCGGAAAGAUGUCGUGCCACACACAAUUUUAUCAAAGGUGUAUACAGAGUGGUCAUCUUGGGGCACGUGUUCAAAGGGAUGUCAACAAUCUAGAAAACGACGUUGCAAAAAGGAAGCCCAAUGUGGGAGGAGUUAUAUCAAAGAAAAAAGAAAAUGCAAAUCGAAAGGCACAUGUUCAAAACGAUCAAAAAGAAAAUAUGUUAAAUUAUUAGGUCUUAGAAAAAGUGAUAAAUUAGUGAAACAAAUUUUAUAUAAAAUUUUAUAUAGCGCAUGGACACCAUGGACGGUCUGUUCACGAAGUUGUAAAAAACAACGCUACCGGAAGUGCAUUCAACCUGCCAUGUGUGGUGCAAGUUUUAUUCAAGAGGAAAGACAAUGUAAAAGAUCAAGUUUAGUAUGCAGAAAACAGUAUAUUUUAAGAACGUUUGUUCCAGAUGAUGACGACGAUGAUCCUGAUGAUGCAGUGAAGAAAAUCCAAAACAUAACUAAAACAUUCAUUUCAAAUUCGACCAGUGACAAACUGGGACCAAAAGGUAGUGAUGGGAAAAUGAAAUCCAAUUCACCAAUUUUAAAAAAUUUAACGAUGUCAUGUGGCUUACAACCCAAAGUAACAUCGAGAUCAUAUCGUGUUGUUGGCGGCGAAGUUGUUGGCAAACAUGAGUGGCCGUGGCAGGUGGCAAUACUAAAAGCAAGCGAGCAGUUUUGUGGAGGGACUUUAAUAGCGCCACAGUGGGUAGUUACAGCUGCUCAUUGCAUAAGAAAAAAUAAAAGGCGACGGAGAAUAAAAGUGAAAGUAGGGGAGCAUGAUAUUUACGCUAAAGACGACGGUGAGAUGUUUAUGAAGUUACAAAAGGAUAUUCCACAUCCAAAGUAUGAUUACGACACUAUAACAAAUGAUAUAGCUCUAUUAAAGUUAGAAAAGCCAGUUCCGGCUUCUAAAACUAUCGGGUAUGCAUGUCUCCCGGAAGAGACGGAUAAGCUACCUGAGAAACAUAUGUGUUAUAUCAUUGGGUGGGGGAAGGAGAAAAAUACUGACGUUUUUGGUUCAACAGUUUUACGGGAAGCACGGGUACCACUAGUUAACAGAAGGACAUGUCAACGAGCCUUUAACUAUCCAAUCCACGAUACGCAAGUUUGUGCAGGAAGUAAAAACGGGGGUGUCGACUCUUGUGCAGGGGACAGUGGAGGACCUUUACUAUGUCCAAAGAAAGGUUCUGACGGUGUUACACGGUGGAUGGUUUAUGGUGUCACAAGCUAUGGAGAAGGUUGUGGUGAAAAGAAAAAGUUCGGCAUUUAUACAAAAGUCAGGAAAUAUUUAGACUGGAUUAAUGAAGAAAUCUCUCGGAACACUUAACAAAAUUCUAUUUAAUUUAUUUGUUUGUGAAAAAAAUUCUAUACUUAUUUCUUACAUCCAAUCGUAAAUUAAUUGUACGAAGUGUUU